AUGGCAUCCAAAGAUUUGAAAGAAUUAGAUGUACCAGGAAAUGAAGAGGUGCUUCAAAUCUGGAGGUGUAAAUCUGCUGCAGAAUGUGUAAAAGAACUUUGUGCAAGAUACCCUGAAUGUAAUUGGAGCAAUGUCACUCAAAUCAAGACAAAAAUUCAUAGACUUAAUGAAAAAUGUAAGAAAUUGAAGAAAAACAACAGGUCUGUAGAACUUAAUUCAUUAUUAUUGUCCAAGUUUGAGAUACCAAAGACUGUGCUAAGCAGCCUUGAUAUUUCCAAUGAAGCCAGAACUGCUCUUGAGAAUUUAGCACAGGCAACUAAAACAGUAUUAAAGGAAAAUAAAGAGCUUAAGAGAGAAAUUGAAGAAGUUAAUGAUGAUAAUGAGAAUUUAGAGAGGCAAGUCAAUCAGUCUGAAAGGCGAGUAAACAUGAUAAUGAAUCUGCUUGAAGUAACAAACAAAAAAUACAGUGAUGCAUGUAAGUAUAAACAAGAAAGUUACAAACUAGAUAAAGAAGUUGAAGAAUGGGAAAGACGUUACGAUGAAUUAGCAAAAGAGUUUGAUAAAGCUGCUGAAGAAUUACAUCAAAGUAAGUUGAAAUUGCAGGCACAAUGUACACGAAAUUUAAAUAAGAAAAUCAAAAGGAGAGAUGAACAAAUUGAAAUGAAACAAAACAUAAUAAAAGAGAAAGAGAAUGAAAAUAAGGAAUUUCAAAACGAGGCAUCUUCCCUGCAUAAACAGAAAAGAAACUUACUUGUAAAGGUUUGUAGACUUAAAAAGUCAAUUGAUGAUAAAAAUACCUUAUUUGAAAAUCAAAAUGAAGAAAUACAAAAUUUAAAGCUUCAAAUAGAGGAAAAGGAAUUCAAAAUAAAAGAAUUAGAGCAAAUAAAUUCAUUGCUUCAUGACCCAGUAAUUGAAACUUACUAUGAGGGAAAAUAUUCAAAUGAAAUAAGGGAAACAAUUAUGUCUCUUGUAACCGAGUGUGGUGUGAGUCAAAGAAAGGUAAACAAAGUAAUUGAAACUGUCGCGUCUAAGUUAACAGGGAAAACCUUAUCACGCUUACCUAGCACUGGUGUGAAGAGUAGGCUGCUUUUAGAAGCAAAACGUGUUGCAAAUGCUCAUGUAGCUGAGACUAUACUCAAAGACAAAAACACAACAGCUACUCUUCAUCAGGAUGGCACCUCCAAAUUUCAUCGCCAUUUCCAAGGCUUCCAGUUCACCCUAUCAGAUGGUAAAUGCAUGUCAGCAGGUAUUAGUGAGGUUGCAACAGGUGAUGCCCCUACUUUGUUUGAUGAAUUUAAACAUAUGCUACAGCAGUUAACUUUAGCUUUUGACAAAAAAAGCCCAAAUGCAAAUGAAAAUACAGAGAUAAAUAUAGCAAUGUUGGUAGCAAGCAUAACAAGUACCAUGUCAGAUCAAGGAUCAGUAAACCCUGUUUUUAAUGAAAAACUAAAAUUGCUUAAGGAAGAGUUACUUCGUACAAUUUAUGACAAUUGGGAGCUGCUGUCAGUGGAAGAGAAGGCAAAUGCAUCACAACUAUUUUCAUUCUUUUGUAAGAUGCAUCUUUUUGUCAACAUGGCAGGGGAAGUGGAUAAGAGUCUUUCUCAGUUUGAGAAAACCAUUAUUUCUGAUGGCAGAAAUCCAUUUAGCUUUGCCUCAACAGAAAGUGGUAUUGCUAGGCUUAUAAGAACCGCAAGCAAAGCAUUAACAGCACAUGGCUGUGACAAGUCUGGAGUUGGUGGGCACUUCUCCACAUACCUUAAAGGGAAAGGAAUCCGUGCAUUAGGUAUUAUAGAUAAAGUCAUUACAGGCCCAUUAUGGAGAAUCAUUGAAAACUCACCAAACUCACUGGCAUUAAAUGAUCAUCUCUAUCAAAUGAAAAUAACCUUAGAAGCUUGGGCAAAGGAUGCUUCUUCCAUUCUCAGUGGAGAUAACAUGUUCUCAGAAGACAUUGUCAAAAUCAAUAAAGAUUGUCCAAGUGCAUCUACAACCACCUAUGAGGCCAUUGUAAUGUGGUCAAAUAACCAGACAACUCAUUGGUUGUCAUCUCUAUCAGAUAGUGAUAGACAGGAGGUCAUUAAUGAUGCCCGCAAGAAUGCCCCUAAAAUGAGAGAAAUGCUGCAUAGGCGACAGGCAAAGCUUUUCUCUGACAAGCUUAAAAUACUUGAAAAGAGACAAGAUAAAAAAGCUCAACAAGAAGCAAAACAACAAACAAAUAAGGUUAAAUUAACACAAAAAAUAACAAGUUGUGGUGGUUUAUGGUCUGAAUCAGACAUAGAUGCACAUAUGGUAAACAUGGAUGAAAAGGAAUUUAAAGAAGCUGUCACCUGUCAGUUACAGUUUAGAAAGUCUGUUUUAGGAUGUAAGGGUGAAAAAGAGCUUUUUCAACAACAGGUGAAAGGAAAACCUUAUUCCGUUCAAGAAUUAACUGCUAAUUUGAGAACUGUCUUAGAAAUAAAUUCUGAUGAGUCCCCGCUUGAAAAUGAAAAGAAAUUGAAUUAUAAAGAACAAGAGGAAGUAAUAAAAGGAAUAGACCAACUUAAGAGAGAUUUAGGAGGUAAAAUAAUAGAAAAUAGGCAGAAGAUAACUGUGUCUCAGCAGAAAGACCUCCUACCAAAGUUGAAAAAUGACCCUUCAAUACUUGUCGGAAAACAAAUUAAACAUAAGUGUAGAGAGGAGGAUGAGAGAAUUGUCCAAUGGUUUGAUGCAACUGUUCUUAGAAUAAAGAAACUGAAUGGAGAAAAAACAGAGUAUUUUAUCAAAUAUGAUGAGGAUGAUGAUGAGUGGUUUUUCCCACUGUUGAAAGAUAUGGAAAAGGGCGAUUUGAUAGUAAAGAAUAUGUAA